CUGAAGAGUUCAGAGCAAUUUCCGUGAGUGCAGUCCCCAGGCAAGAGAGCCCCCACUUCCAGGGCAACCAAGAUGGUGAACCGUAUCUCACAAUGUAACAGACUCAUCGGCAUUGGGUACUGCAGCCGCUAUGCGUCCCUGGAAACCGCCAUCUACCUCGACAAAAGAAUGACUCCACCGGCACAGGCCCCUAUCUGGAUUUCCCACGCCAAUUCUCCCGUCCAAACCCAUCAGCAACCGCAGCGGCAGAAGCAGCCACCAACAAGCUCGUUCCCAGCAAAGUCCUUCCAGGUUGCGGUGGGGGAUAUCAUCGGCUGUGGAGUCAAUUUCGACCAAAGUACAAUUUCCUAUACCUUGAAUGGCAGACGAGUGGACGGUGCCACGCUCCGCGGUGGGUCAUUAGGACGUUUGUUUCCGGUGGUUGGCGUGGGGUCGAGCACCGAGGCCACCGUACGGGUCCACUUCGGGGGUGGGACGGGUCUCAGUGAAGAUAGAUAAGGAGUAAGGGGGGUUGUUUCAACGAUGUGCUGUAUGUACAUGGAGAUAUGGAGGCUGUUGCUUCACCAAGGUCGAUAAUGUAACCGGAUCGACUUAGGUGUGGGGAUUCUAGGCCGCGGUAUAUGGUACUGUACUGCACCUCAAUGCUUCUCACCAAUCUUAUGCCGGCUUCAGAUUCCGUGGUAUCUUUGUAACUGAAUUGAUCAAGCUCAGAGAUGGGCAAUAUGGAACGAUUUGUUGAUUCCUUG